AUGACAUUGCUAACCUACAUCACCGCCAGCCUUGUCGCCGGCUCCAUCGCCGGCUUCUUCAUCGACGACUGGAAGAUCAACUUCUCGAGCAUGCUGAGGGAGAAGAAGAACGAAGAACUUCUGAAGAAGCGCGAACGUACGAAGGAGCUGCUAGACGUCGAGUUCCGAGUCUACACCCGCAGGCUUGGGGUUGCGAAGAUUCCUUGCCCGACACUCGUGGCAACUUCACCCUCUGGGGACCGACGUUCCUAUGUCGGCAUCAAGCCGACAGCCGAUUCUUCGGUCGUAGAUGACGACGACAACUCGCGAGCUACAAUCGUGGACUGA